UUGCCUAUUUCAGUGACAAAUAACGGUCGUACAGUUACGCCCAGUAAUUUCUAUGUCUCGCGGUUCACACAAGCGCAUGUGAACGCUGGACAAGUGCAGUACUUGCAUAAUGGUGUGCAUCCAACACGCGAUUCCAUUAUUUUCAACGUCUCUGUUGAAAAGCAAAUGAUCGGGCCGUUCACAUUAUUCAUCAAUAUCGUCGAUGACGAAGUCGAAUUAUCGGUCUCAAAUAUAACGGUUGUUUCUGGCUCCAGCGAAACGAUAAAUAGUGGUGUCCUACGUGCAGCAACUUCCGCUGGAAAUGAUUUCGAGUUUCGGAUUUUUGCGGAUCCGGAAUCUGGAUGGCUUGUCGAAUUAUCGGUCUCAAAUAUAACGGUUGUUUCUGGCUCUAGCGAAACGCUAAAUAGUGGUGUACUACGUGCAGCAACUUCCCCUGGAAAUGAUUUCGAGUUUCGGAUUUUUGCGGAUCCGGAAUCUGGAUGGCUUGUGCGCGACUCGUGGAACUUGGCCAAUAUCAGCACAAUCAAGCAAUUUAGCGCCCAAGAACUCGAUGAUCGUCGAAUUUUUUAUGUGAACAAUCCGACUGGAAAGAUGGGUAUCGACAGUUUCACGGUAGCGGCGUGUACAGUGGGAACGCUACGAUGUACCGAGCCAAAGCAAGUGAUCAUUUCGAUCACUCACCGAAAUUUGCACAGUAAGAAACAGAUUCUUAAAUAAUU